AUGAAUAAUGUUUCUGUGAUAACAAUGUUUUUUCUUUCAGGUUUCAAUGAAACAAUCAGUCACAGGUUUGUUCUCUUUUUUCUCAGUUUGUUGUGUUACUGCAUCAUUUGCCUGCUAAAUGUUUCUCUCAUUGUGAUCAUCAUCUUGGACAGCAACCUCCAUGAAUCAAUGUAUAUUCUGCUCUGUGUCUUUUGCAUGAAUGCACUUUAUGGAACAGCAGGUUUCUACCCCAAAUUUCUCUGGGAUCUCCUCUCUGAUGUUCAUCUCAUCUCAUAUUACGGUUGCCUUAUUCAGACUCAGGUAGUUUAUUCUUUUGUCUGUGGUGAACUGUCCAUUCUUGCACUCAUGGCAUAUGACAGAUAUGUGGCCAUAUGUCAGCCACUGAAGUACCACUCUAUCAUGUCAAAGCAAAGAGUCAUUAGGUUUGCAUGUUUUUUGUGGUUAACAACCUUCUGCAUUAUGGCUGUGAAUGCCUUUCUAACAUUUAGAUUGAAGUUAUGCAGCUCGUAUAUUUCCAGACUCUUCUGUGUGAACUGGAGUAUUGUUCAACUCGCUUGUUUUCCAGCACAAACUACAAUCAAUGCUAUAUCUGCAAAUAUUGCAAUAAUUAUUUAUUUGCUUCAUGGUGUUUUUAUAGUUUGGUCCUAUAUGUAUAUCAUUCAAACAUGUGUAAAGUCUAUAGAAAACAGGGCAAAGUUCAUGCAAACAUGUGUCCCACAUCUCAUCUCAUUAUUUACUUUUGCUGUGGCAAUACUUACUGAUGUUAUAAAUAUGCGACUGGGUUCGAAAGAGUUGCCUCGGACCCUUCAAAACUUUAUAGCAAUAGAGUUUCUUGUCAUUCCUCCUAUCAUGAAUCCUCUGAUAUACGGUUUCAAACUGACCAAAAUUCGAAAAAGAUUUUAUAGUGUUGUUAUUUUAAAAAGAACUAAUUUUUGUUUUAUUCGAUCAGAAAAUAGUUUCACACACAGCUAA